AUGGGCGCGUGUCUUCUCAGUUCAGAUAAUGAAUUAUUUAAUGUUGACAAGGAGAUCGCAGAACGAUCUAUUCUAAUCAAGAACAAGUUGGAAGAAAUGGAAGAAAGCGAUGCUACUAUUCCUCUUCCCAGCGUCACUGCAAAGACCUUGCAGAAGGUUAUUGAAUGGUGUGAACAUCAUCGCGAGGAUCCCGUCACUCAGGAUAGUCAAGAGAGACGUAAUACUGACAUUGAGGAGUGGGACGAGAAGCUGCCAGAUUACCUUAAAAUCGAGCUUCUUCUUAGUAUUUGCUGCAAGACUGUUGCCAACAUGAUCAGGGGUAGAAAUGCCGAAGAUAUGAUGAGAAUCUUUGAUAUCCCUAAUAAUUUUACACCACAAGAACUAGUUUUGAUCAAUCGGGAGAAUGAAUGGGCUGAGGACCGAUAA